ACCUAAUCUGAUUUACUUUGAAAUGCCACCUUUAUUUUCAUCUUCAGAGAACUCUAUAUUGAAAUCGAUAUCGAUGAUGGCUUUAGGGAAAAAAAAACAAAAACAAAACAAAACAAAAGACAACGAACAACUCCAUACUUAACUGAGUAAUAGAUGCUUAGACAUCUGUAGCUAAAUACUUUUGUCUUGUAGUUGUGAAGUGCACUGUGUCAGUGCUCUCCGUGUAUCAUGUGCAUGUUAUCUUCCACUCUUGCAAUUGCUAUUCCAGAGCAUGCUGUUUUCUGAUUUCCAUCAAAGAGCUUAGAUUUUAACACCGAGAAAGAGCCCAACGUUUUGAAUGCAAUUCUUUUCUCUCACACUACAGUUCAUGGGUGGGAAAAAAAAAAACCAACAACAACAAAAACCAAGCAAAGAAAAACAUCUGAAAGUAGGAAUUUAAAAUCAAGAUUAAACUGCUCCAAUGCAGCAGGAAGAACACGCUGGCUGAGAGGAAGAGAUUUCUCAUAACAACUGAUUUUGCUACACAGAAUCACAGAAUCACGAGGUUGGAAACUACCUGCAAGAUCAUCUAGUCCAACCACUCUCCCAUUCCUAUUAGUACCACAAGCUACUAAACCGUAUCUCGUAGCUACUGCUACUGAGUUUCUUGACUCGAGUUCACUUGAACUUGGUUCCUGAUGCUGAAAUAUGGUGCAGCUUUGAUGCUAAAAAGACAAAAAAACAAACAAACAAACAAAAAAAAACUGGGCAGAUAUUGUGAACAACUCAAAGCUGAUGACAGUUUUAAAAUUUCGUGUUGUGCAAAUGUUCAAUUUUUUGUUGUUUUAAAGUUCUAAGAUUACUACCAGUGUUGGAUACAGCUUGCCAUAUUGGUGAACUCAUGUUGCUCCUGUCCACAGAGCAGCUUUGCAAGUGGUGGGGAUAAGACACAAUUUGGUAUUUUCUUAGCCCUGGUUUUCAAGCUAGCCUAGUUUUAAAUAUGAAACAGAAAUAUAAAUACAAAAAUCUUUCUACAGUCUUCUGUAUGGUCUAGUAUGGAAGUUGCUGUUUACAGCACACUGAAUUACAGGUAUGAAAUUACAGUCUAAAUGGCAUUAGUUACAGAAAUGUAAGUGUUUCAAAGGGUUUGAAAGCAAAGUGAGGAAAAGUUGACAUGGGAUGCCUGCUUUUCAGUAAUUAUCUUUCAGAUUGUUGCCUUUUUUAAAAAACAUGAAAUUCUCUGUUAAUUUUAUGAUAAUUGUACAUUUACUUCUACUUUGAUAUGUGAUUGUUUAAAGACUUAAUGACGUCAAAGCGCUGCUGCUGUAUUUGUAUGCCUGUGUUAUAAGACAGUGGCUUCGAUCCGAGAUGUGAAUUCCCCAGUGAGCUUGUACAAGACAGUGUUGUUGGCAAGUGUCGCUGGGUUAAAGGAAGGGGUGAAGCAGAAACAUAGCAUCUUUUGGAAAAAGUAAUUUAGCCACAAGAACCUUUGGAAUUCUUCUGGGAUUUUUAGGAAGACAUGGAAUAAAGUUGACUUAGCCAGCGAGACAGAAAAUACGUUGGUUUAAAGUAGAGGCUUUUGGUACUCUAGGGUGCUUAGUUAACAUUCAGAGUGCGGAUGAUAGAAGAGUUGGUGCACACUGUAAUUUUUUUUAAAGAUGAUGUUUUAAGCCCUCGUAUUUCAAAUGCAAAUUGCUCAGCCAUUUCCACUGGAAUCAGAAUAGUGAAAUGGCUCUGUCCACAUUAGCACUUAACAGCAAGAUGAUUCUUUUUUUUUUUUCUUUUUUAAAUUAGCUUACUGUAGAACCAGAUGGCACCAAAAGUAUAAGCCAUGUUUCUUACUAAUGGCUCUCUGUCCCUCAGAUUAUUUUUCCUGAUUUUUUUUUUUUAAGUCCUCUUAUUUUUGGUGCAAUGCAGGUAUUUUGAGUUUUUGAUGGUGCCAUGAAGGAGGAAGGUAAAUUAAUGCAGUAGUAAAUCCAAACCCUUCUCGUUAAUGAGCUUUUCCAGUAAGUUUUAUAAGCUGAUGUUUGAAUUACUUUACUGAACAACUUUCCCCAUUUUACUCCUUUGUUUCUCCUCUCUGGGUUCUCUUUGGUACAAUGCUGGGGACUCCCGAGUAGAGAUGGUCAAGUCGGAAGAAGAGAUCUUCAUCCAAGUCGAGUUUCAUGCGGAGCAUGCGACUCUCUGACUCUUUGUGCAAGAACCAGCUGUGGAAUGGACAGGUCACCAUCACACUCCUGGAAGGGAGGAACAUCCCCUUAGAGGGCUUGGCAGAGGCUUUUAUUCUCCUGAAACUGGGAGAUCAAAGAUACAAGAGUAAGACACUGUGUAAGAGUGCAAAUCCUCAGUGGAGGGAACAGUUUGAUUUUCACUACUUCUCUGACAGGAAGGAUAUGUUGGACAUUGAGGUCUGGAGAAAGGAUAACAAAAAGCACGAGGAGCUUUUGGGAAUAUGUAAAGUUGACAUUUCUGCCCUGUCAAUGAAGCAGACAAAUUACUUAGAGCUGCCUCUGGAAAAACAUCCGGGGUCCCUGAUAAUGCUGAUUGCUGUCACCCCUUGUACGGGAGUGUCCAUCUCUGAUCUGUGUGUCUGCCCUCUGGGAGACCCCAGUGAAAGAAAACAGAUUGCACAGCGCUAUAGUAUAAAGAAUUCCUUCAGAGACAUGAAGGACGUUGGUUUCUUACAGGUCAAAGUUUUAAAGGCAGUUGACCUCCUGGCAGCAGAUUUUGCAGGUAAAAGUGAUCCUUUCUGUGUGUUGGAGCUGGGAAAUGACAGUCUUCAAACACACACCGUUUAUAAGAACCUCAAUCCAGAGUGGAACAAAGUUUUCACAUUCCCUAUUAAAGAUAUUCAUGACGUUCUGGAAGUGACAGUGUUUGAUGAAGAUGGAGAUAAACCCCCUGAUUUUCUUGGGAAAGUUGCUAUCCCUUUGCUGUCUAUCAGAAAUGGCAAACAAAGUUGUUACAUGCUGAAGAAUAAAGACUUGGAACGUGCUUCAAAAGGAGUAAUUUACUUAGAGCUGGAUGUCCUAUUUAAUCCCAUCAAAGCAACUAUUAGAACAUUCAAGCCCCGCGAAAAGCGCUUCACUGAGGAGAACCGCAAAUUUUCUAAGAAGAUCUUAUCGAGGAAUGUUGAUCGUGUGAAAAAAAUCACCAUGGCAAUAUGGAAUACAAUACAAUUCCUUCGGAGCUGUUUUCUCUGGGAGUCCACGGUAAAGAGUAUGAUAGCAUUUGUGGUAUUCAUGGUCACUGUAUGGAGCGUUGAACUGUACAUGGUGCCCCUGGCUUUGCUGGUGCUCUUUGCAUACAACUUCUGCCUUGUCAGAACAGGGAAGGUCAGCAACACCCAGGAUGCCCAGGAGCUUAUGGGCUUGGAUGAAGAUGACGAUGAGGAAGAUAAGGAAUCUGAGAAAAAGGGAUUAAUUGACAGAAUCCACAUGGUCCAAGAGAUUGUCGUAGCUGUUCAAAGCGUUCUAGAGGAAAUUGCGUCGUUUGGAGAGAGAAUUAAAAACACAUUGAACUGGACGGUGCCCUUUCUCUCAGUUCUGGCCUGCUUGUUCCUCGCAGCAGCAACAGUCAUUUUGUACUUUAUACCACUGAGGUACAUUAUUUUAAUCUGGGGCAUAAAUAAAUUUACUAAGAAACUUAGAAAUCCCUAUGCCAUCGAUAAUAACGAGCUGCUAGAUUUCCUCUCCAGGGUACCAUCUGAUGUUCAAAAGGUGCAGCAUGCUGAAUUGAAACCAUACAGCAGCUCCAGCCCCAUUAGGAAGAAACGGAGUGCGCUAUAGGAUGAAGUGCAAUUUCGGAAUGCAGCAUCUCUCUCUGUACCCCCAUGUAUACACACGUGCUUCCCCCUUCUCGUCGUAGUUCAGAACAACACAAUAAUUCGUUGGUUUUUUUUGUUUGUUUGUUUGUUAUUUGUUUUUAUUUUAUUUAAGCUGGUCUUUUUGAUAAAUACCUGUUUUGAGUUGUCUUUUUGGGCUGUCUCUUGGCACCAAGAUGUAGCCCCUAAAGAGCGGAGUGAAACAUGUGAAUUAUUUUGUAGGGUGGGGUGUAGUGUGGGAGGGUAUGGUGCCACUGCAUUCCCUCUUUUUAUUUUUUAUUUUGCUUCCAUUGCAGAGGCUAUGCUGGAUGUGGCAGCGCUCCAUUUUUUUUUUUUAUGUAGGAGGAAAUAAUUCUGCCUAGCGUAGCAGAUCAGCUGAGCUGAUGUGAGGAGAUGCUCUGAACCAGUUUUUAACAUAUCCAACAGAUUUACAUUAAGAUAUGAAAGCUAUUCUUUUCUGAGUUAAAUCACUGUGCCUAGAAAGGUUUAAGCUCUGAAUUAACGAGUCUUUGAUACCCAUCUUCUGUUCAAGCAGUGUACAUUUUAAAAAGUUUUUUAUCAUAAUUAGCAGAGUGAGGAGCUCCAGCAGUAUCUCAAUAUUUCAUCCAGCACUUGUGGGUUUUUCCUUUUUCCCUUUUCUUUAAAAAAAAAAAUAAAAAAUGCCCACCCUGUGGUUAACUGUUUGGGUACUGGAUUCAUUGGAGAUCCAUUGCUGGCAAUGGAUGCAUGAGAACCUUCUGCUGCAAAGGAUUAAGAGACUGCAGAAAAGCCUAACUCGCUGACCUGAAAAGACUCUGUUGACUUGCCUUUUAUAACUCCAUCUCAUCAGAUAUUUUCAGCACAGCUCUUGUUUUUCUGUCUAAAUCCAGAGGGGUCAACACUACAGAUCCAGGAGAAAAACACUUUAUUGCCUUAAACAAACAAGUGCUGGUGCAGAAAGAGUACGUGGUGCCCAAAGGUGUGGCUGUGCAAUAGGGGGGGCAGGUGUUGGUCUCCCGCUGAUUUCCUUUGGAGUCCACAAAGAAAGGAUCAGAAAAUGAAAUUAUAUGGGAAAUGAGCAAUGAAGAAACAUGAGAAAGGACCCAAUUUUCUGAGUGAAAUGUGGUUUCUUGCUUUGAUCUUUUAGCUAUUGUUCUGCUUUGUAAAAUUCACAUAACCAGCAUAAUCCAUGUUGUUUGCCUUGGGAAACUGAGGUGGAGAAUCAUGUAAACCUGCUCAGUUUCUCUUGAGAGUGCAUUCCUGAACCUUUUGUAGGACUUUGUGGGAGUGACUUGUGACUUGCCCCCAUGCGUCACUGUUAGCACGAGAGCUGGAGCUUGGUUCUUGCCAUUUCCAGGCAGGUGUUUCCACCAGCAUCACCUCAGGUGGUUCACCUUACAAACAAAGAGAAUCCUGGUGCACAAGUUGCUUUUUAAAAAUAUUCUUUGAAAGUCAUCUAAUUAAAGGUAAAACAGGUAAAGCUUUGCUUAUGGAUUGGCAGUCCAAAUGCUGCUGCACCAUUUGAUGAUGCAAACCUGAGGGCUUGAUGUGUGAAUUUGGUGCAAAAAACUAACAUCAGAGUAUUUUUCACUGGGUUGUUAACUGGAUCCAAUGAUUUUUCGGUGUUUAUUUUUCCAAAGUAACAAUCUCCUCUAUGCCACUGGAUCAUGAGGACACAUGUUCAUAGACUUGAUUUAAAAUGGAAUAGUUCAAUUGGAAAGGACCCUCAAAGAACAUCGAGUCUAACUGCCCAACUUCAGGGCUAACCAAAAGUUCAAGAAUAUCGUUAAGGGCAUUAUCCAAGUGCCUCUAGAGCACUGACACACCCGGGGGCAUCAACCACUUUGUUAGGAAGUCUUUUCCAGUGUUUGACCACCCUCGUGGUAAAAAAAAUUUUUUCCUGAUGUCCAGUCUCAGUCUCCUCUGUGCUGUCCUCAUGGGUCCUAUCGUGGGCUACCAGGGAGAGGAGAUCAGUGUCUCUGUGAUAAAGAAUGUGUUUUGCUCAUGUAAAGCUCUGUUUAGGUGCGUAUGAAGAGACAGAAGAAAGAUUAUCUCACUUUAAAAUAGUAUAAAAAUGCCUCUUUGUGUGAUGUGUGCUUGUGUACCCAUGCAUGUACACAGUUGUGUAUAAAGAAGAGUACAUGUAUAAUGUAUUUAUAGGUGAGGAAGUGUGGGAAAGUGAUUGAACAUACAGAUUUAAAAACCUUGAAAAUGUUUAUGAAAAAUGCCAAAGAUUCUAAAGCUUAUCUUGUGUCUGUUCUUCUUCAUUUUGUACCGUUCCCGGCAUGUCUCUCUGGCUGAGCCAGAUCUCUGCAUGAUUUGAUUUACUUCAAGUUAAUGAAGUCGGUUGGAAAGAGUCUUGUAGAAAUUAUAAAAUCUCCAGUAAAUCUCCUUCUUGUACAUACAAUGGAUGUCCACGGAUCUCUUUUGUUAAACUGGUUUCUCAAUCUUCUGUGUAAACAAUGCCUCGUUGUCUUGCUUGAGACUAUCAUCCAGUUUAUCAUACUGUAGUCUUGUCGCUUUGUGGACCAAAGUCCCACAUAUUUAAGCAGGCCUGUGAAAUCAGAUCAUUGAUCUGAGUGAAAAUAUUCAGCUGCAGCAAACGUUUAUUUAUUCAGAAGUUGAGACUGAUAUUGUAAUAGUGAUUUUUUUUUUUUUUUUUUUCCCCUAUAGAUUUCUUCACAUUUGAUUUCUGUUCAGGAGACAGGGUGAUGUCUUUAUAUAGAUAGAUAGAUAGAUGUGUGUUUUGGAAUAAUUUGUAUUAGAUUGUUAUGCUGGAGGCAUAUCAAAUGAAGGGGUUUGGAUGGCCCAGUAUGUGUAAAUCUUGUAAUGAGCUCUUUGUUUUGAUAAAUGCUGUUUGAAAUGCAAUAAACAUUUGAGGUUAUGGUGAUGUUUUUAAUUUAUCUGGAUUAGGACAUAUAUUUCUCAUUCCUUGUAAAAUGCUUACUGAUCUAUAUUAUUCAGUAUCUGGCUAUGUGAGCAAGUACAUCACUUGACAGCGUAGUGUACCAACACCUGAGGUUACCUGAAGCGGACUCUGCUGCUGAAGAGAUAAGGUAAAGAGAGACUCCACCUGCUUUUAAACUUUUGGAUGGGAUUUCCUAGCCCCUGCCAAGGGGAAAAGAGGGUUAGGUGCAUUUGCUGCCCACUGAAGUAAUCAAAAUCUUUAUUCAGACUUUUCAUUUGAUUCCUGAAGCCAGAAUACCAGUUGUUAUGUAGCUGAGUGUCCAUCUGCCCAUGGGAAUUAUUGAUUUUUGCAUUGUUAAUCUAUACACUGUAUAGCAUGGAAAUUAUAAACUUAUGUUUUUAAUUUA